CUGUCCCCGUCGAGCCUGAGCCUCGCAUCCCUUCAUAGCGCCUUGAGCCAGUCAUGUCCGUGUCACUGUCCGUAGCUCGCAAACGCAUUCCCCACCCACUCCGAUCGUGCCUAGCCACAAAUCCCAGUCUGAGAGCCUGUACAUCCCGCACCUACCGCACCGAGUCCAAGAGAGACCCGAACGUCGUCCGGAUUGUCGAAGUAGGGCCUAGGGACGGGUUGCAGAACGAGAAGGGCGUCGUGCCGGCGGAGGUGAAGGUCGAGCUGAUCAAUCGGCUGGGAAGGGCGGGGAUGCGGAUUAUCGAGGCGGGCAGUUUCGUCAGUCCGAAGUGGGUGCCGCAGAUGGCUGGGACUGCGGAAGUAAUCACCCGCAUGGAGAAGCUUCCCGGUGUACAUUACCCCGUGCUCGUCCCGAACAUGAAAGGCCUCGAGAACCUGCUCGAGCUCCUCUCCGCCACGACCGCGCACUCCGUCGGCUCAUUGACCUCCACCAUCCCGCCCACCGACGAAAUCGCCAUCUUCACCGCCGCGACGGACGCGUUCUCGCUCGCGAACACCAACUGCACGGUCGCGGAGUCGCUGACGCGGCUCGCGGCGGUGACGCAGAAGGCGCGGGAGAAGGGGCUGCGGGUGCGCGGGUACGUGAGCGUCGUGAUCACCUGCCCGUACUCGGGGAAGGUGGAUUAUCGCCGGGUGCGGGAUGUGAGCAGGGAGUUGCUGGAGAUGGGGUGCUAUGAAGUCAGUUUGGGGGAUACGACGGGCGUGGGGAACCCGGCGAGUGUGGGCGCGAUGCUUGAUGUUGUGGCGGGUGCGCUUCCCGUGGAGAGGCUGGCUGGUCAUUUCCAUGAUACUUACGGUAUGGGCGUCGCCAACGCCCUGACCGCGCUGGAGGCUGGCAUACGCACUCUCGAUAGCUCCGUCGGGGGGCUUGGCGGAUGCCCUUAUUCCCCAGGAGCGACUGGUAAUGUCGCGACGGAAGAUAUAUUGUACUCCAUCCAAGACAGCAAGUAUCGGACAGAGAAAAGUGUGGACCUGGAGGCAAUUGCAGAUAUCGGCUGGUGGAUCAGUGAGAAGCUGAACAGGCAGAAUGCCAGCCGUGUAGGGCGGGCACUUAGAGCUAGGAAAGAAAGACAGAAGAAGCAGAGCUAACCUGCCGGUUCUAGGAUCGCCGCUUAUGCUGACCUCUAACCUCGAGCAUAUCCAGUUGUGUGAUAUCUAAAACUUUGUUCUGUACUUGUACUAUGAUCACUAGUUCACUACAUCUGUCGGCGGUUUGCGGCACUGCUUACCACAAUACGUAACUGCGC